AAAUAGAAACAAAGUUGUUCACAAAUCACUCUGUGCCAUACACUCUGUAAGCUUCUGCAUCACGCUGCCAUGAGGAAAAUAACCUGUGUGUUUGUUGGCAGCAUGGGACGGACAAUUGCCCUGUGAAGUGUUUCUACCCUGAAGUGUGGAAUAGAGCUGUUAAAGGGCAAUGGUCCCUGUGCAGAAUGUGGAGGACCUCAACCAGCAGGGCAGGAAAAUGAGAACAGGGGAGAGUGACGAUAACAGAGGCAGCCGCAGCAGCAACACCAACCUACACAAGCUUCCCACUCAGACAGGAUGUGGAACAUUUACUUUUCUAUCAUCUACCAUUGCUGCCAUCAGUGGAUUCCUAAUGGGUUAUGAACUGGGACUCAUCUCUGGGGCUCUUCUUCAGCUAAGCAGUAUACUAGCACUUUCUUGCAAACGACAGGAAAUAGUCGUAAGCUCCCUCCUCAUUGGGGCCUUACUAGCAUCACUUACGGGUGGAUUCCUAAUAGACCGAUUUGGAAGGAGAAUUGCGAUUAUUAUAGCAUCUUGUUUACUUGUACUGGGAAGCCUGAUCUUGAUAAUCAGUUCAUCAUAUGGCAUACUUAUUGUAGGACGGAUUGCUAUUGGUAUUUCAAUAUCAUUAUCCUCAAUUGCAACGUGUGUAUAUAUCGCUGAGAUAGCCCCACAGCAUAGAAGAGGUCUGCUUGUAUCAUUAAAUGAACUUAUGAUUGUGAUUGGCAUUCUUUUUGCCUACAUUUCAAAUUAUGUAUUCACCAAUGUUUCCCAUGGCUGGAAGUAUAUGUUUGGCCUUGUGAUACCAAUAGGUGCCUUACAAGCUACUGCCAUGUAUUUCCUUCCACCGAGUCCUCGGUUUCUUGUUAUGAAAGGUAACGAUGAAGCUGCUAGCAAGGUACUGGGAAGGCUCAGGGCAACUUCAAAUACUGCUGAAGAACUCACUGUGAUCAAGUCUUCUUUGAAAGAUGAACAUCAGUACAGUUUCUUGGACCUGUUCCGUUCAAAAGACAACAUGAGAGCCCGAAUGCUAAUAGGCCUCACGCUAGUGUUUUUUGUGCAAACAACAGGGCAGCCUAACAUUUUAUUUUAUGCAUCCACUGUUUUAAAGUCAGUUGGGUUCCAGAGCAAUGAAGCAGCUAGCUUGGCCUCGACUGGAGUUGGAGUGGUUAAAGUGGUUAGUACAAUCCCAGCCACUGUUUUUGUGGAUCAAAUUGGAAGCAAAACCUUUCUGUGUAUUGGUUCUUCUAUUAUGGCAGUGUCACUGGUCACUAUGGGAUUGGUAAAUCUUAAUAUACACAUGAAUUUCACUAAUAUCUGUAGAAACCAGUUCCUGGAAGAUUCCAUUUUUCAUGGACCAGGAAACGUGAGUGCCAGCAACGAGAGUCUCAGGGAGCAGUUUGCUGGUAUGCCUUUCCAAGGCAGAACAUCGCUAACCACGCUGAGAAAAUUUGAAACUGCUAAGACAGAGGAGCAGAACAGCACAGCCUUGGCAGGAGGAAAGACCUCUGCAGCAAGCCAAAGAGGAUCCCACGUAGUAAUAGACACUGUAGAAGUUCCAGUUGCUCUGAAAUGGCUGUCUUUGGCCAGCUUGCUUGUUUAUGUUGCUGCUUUUUCCAUAGGUCUUGGACCAAUGACCUGGCUAGUGCUGAGUGAAAUUUUCCCUGGUGGGAUCAGAGGACGGGCCAUGGCUUUAACCUCUAGCCUGAACUGGGGUAUAAAUCUCCUCAUCUCCUUGACAUUUUUGACUGUAACUGACCUAAUUGGUCUGCCAUGGGUGUGUUUCAUUUACUCAAUAACGAGUCUAGCAUCACUGGCUUUCAUCAUUGUGUUUAUACCAGAGACAAAGGGAUCCUCUUUAGAGCAAAUAUCCAUGGAACUAGCUAAACAGAAGUAUACAAAGAGCUCCAUUUGUUGGAUGGGCCAACGUAGAGAGAAACUAGUGCCAACAGAACUUCCCAAGAGAGAUCAUCAUGAGCCGUUCUACUAGACUGGAGAAGGAUAUUUGUCCAAGGGCAACCGAGACAGUUUCUACAAUAUUGACACUACUACACAACACUUAGUCUGUAUUCCAUUCUUUAGUAGCUUUAUAUUGCCACUGAAAGAAAAACAUUUAAGAUUUUUGUAGUUUAAAGUUUAUUAAAAGGGUUAAAAUAAGUAAAGCCAACAUUCCUCACCUCCAAAUUAACCCACCUCUGAAAUAUGGGAGGUGAAUGGUUAUUGAAAUAAAACAAUUACAAUAUUUAACAUAGGGAUAGCCACAUUGCUAACUUCUUCAACUUGUGGGGACCCAGAUCAUUUUGUGUUGCAGCACAGGUCACAUUAGACUGGAAUAUGUAAAAGGAAGAAUCUGUGCAGUGCAGUUAGCAGCUUUAUUACUGUAUUCACAUCUGGCCAUGCUAGAAGUCUGCAUGACUCUCUCAGCACUCUUGGCCCCAACAUACACAAGGUCUUGUGUGAAACUUGGAUUGGAUUUCAUUGUCUACUUUAGUUAUUCCAGAGUCAGGAACAUGAAAGUGAUCUUCCCCAAACAAUCACCACUCGCCCUUCAUUAGGCACUAGUUGGCUCAUGGUCCAUUGCUUUGCUGAGCAAUAAGCUUGAUUAACUUUUAAAACAGCAGCAAUAGCAAUUAAAGCUAUGUUGUUGAACUUCUAGACUUGAGAUGCUAUCUGGACUGGUACCUGCUAAAGGAGUACUUGGAAAAAGCAAAUCAGCGGAACACAAAUUGCCAUUUUCCAGUGCCCUCUUACAUGCUGAGACACAUAGGAUUUCAAUCUGUAUUCAGUGGUGACCAUAAUUAACUGGCUGUACUGCUUAGAAAUGUCAAGCUGUAGCUGUCACCAAAUGCAGUCUCCAGUACUCAACAAAAGUAAAUGGAGUGGACAUGGUGGUUACACUGGACAACUCAAGUGGAGAGACUUCUACUCUCUUUGCCUAGAAGGUCAUGAAUGUUCUUGUAGAGUGAGCUCUUAGAAGACAAAUAAGUCACCCAAACAGAUGGGUAUCAAGUCUUUUUUUUUUAGGGAAAUCCUGAUGGCUCACUGCAACCAUACAGUGGAAUCUCUUCUCCUCAUGACCAGGAUUUAGUCAAGGAAUCAGAAAUGAUCCCUUCAGUUGAUAUUUUAAUGCAACUUUGGGCAAGAAAUCUGGCACUGCUUUAACUACUCUCAUCUCGUUGAAAAAACAGAUUUUUUUUGCACAAGAGGAACUGUAAUUUUCUGACCCAUCUGGCCAAAGCUAUAGGCCUACUCAGGCUAUAGGUUCUAAGGCAAUUAAGCUUUCCAUUAAGGAUUCAAGAAGUGCAUAUAUUAAAGAAUUGAAUACGAAGUUCAAAUCCCAUAGAAAAGCUAGAGAAGAGUCAAAGAUACAAUUUACUAGCAGCUAUUAGGAAUUUAGCUACCUCGGGACGUGAGCCUACUGAUCAAGCUUCACCUUAUCCUACAUGCUGUGGAGGGCUACAGCCUGAUAUCUCAGAGAACUGACAUCAAAACCCUACCCAAUCUUUUUGUACAGGAAGUAUCAGUUGAAGUCCAUCCUCCUGCCAACACUGGAGUUUUAAUACCAUGAUAUUUUCCAGAGCUUUCCUUGUUUUAAAGGACACAGGCCCUGGAGCUUCCAGCAAAUCCCUUAGAUCGUUGCUCCAGAGACUGGUAAGAUCUCAUGGCUGGCCAUCUUUUCCUGACACUGCUGUCGUCAAUGUUCACAUUACCGUGCGUGUCAGUUUUGGGCUGCAUUCUGAUCAAUCAGACAGAUCAAGAAUUUUGCCUGAGUCAUCUGCAGUUUCCCUUUUUGACUAGAGCUAUAGUCACUGCUGAGAACAGAGGUAUUGCUGUGCUCUCUGAGUGGGGCAGAGCUCCAGAGCAGGUACAGCACAACAGGGUGAACCCAUCCCUUCUAUUGAGCUCAGCAGCAUCUUCCUCGGACUCCCCCUUUCCCUCCAAUAGCACUACAGUGCAGGAAGGAGGAGUUAAUAGAGGUAGGAGCCUCACCUGCAGGCUGGAGCCAGAAGGCAGCUGUUGGAGCCUAGAGGGGAGGAAUUGUGGGGCAGCUGGAGUUUGGCAGUGAGACGCUAAGAAGUGGGGGGGCUAGAGAAGAGUGGAAUCCAGGAGAGCAGGAUGUGAGCGCACACAUACAUUUUCUAUGCAUUUCAGUUUGAAUUUCCAACCUGCCAUUGUUAUACACACUUUGAAGAUGGCAAGGGGGUGUGCAAAAGCCAGAAAGCAGGCCAAAACCCAUAAUUUAUUCACCUUUUGAAAGUCUCAGGAAAUUUUUGGUUCAGACUCACGAUUUUCAAACUCUUAGGGUUGGCCAUACUGUAAGUCAGCCUGAAUUUUCCUUCCCUUAAGGCAGUAUAGGCCGGUUAAUCAUUUAAAAAUAUUAGUGUCCUUCCCUGUAUUAAAUUCUCCACUUUGGACUAUUGAAAUAGAAGAAUAUUAAAGUUUAUAGUGUACUGUUUAUGCCAUGUUUAUUUUGUGUUUCUCACCACUUGGAUAAUAAAGAAUCUACGCUGUUAUGUUUUA